GGAUUGAGAUAAAACCAAGAGCCACGAAAGGCUCAUUCCACUAUCUAGGAUAAGGACUUGUUUGCUAUCUCAACAGUGGAUUUUGCUACGCUACAACGACAAACAAGGGUUCCUUUAUGUCCCCAAAUAGCCAAUCCCUCUCUAAAGGAACCACUUAGUCAAAGCGUCCGCCCUCACCAAAGAUGGCUGACGGGCACACACAGCUGCUUUUUCCACCGGGUUUCAGUGACGUUAGUUGCUGUUCCGGAAUAUAUAAAGAACUAAAGAUGUGGGAUCAAAGUGGGCAGCCUUGGCAACAGUGGCCUUUGAAUCAGCAGCAGUGGAUGCAGUCAUUUCAGCACCAGCAAGAUCCAAGUCAAAUUGACUGGGCUGCAUUAGCUCAAGCAUGGAUUGCUCAGCGAGAAGCAUCAGGGCAGCAGAGUGCAGUGGAACAGCAAGGGAUGAUGCCAAAUGGUCAGGAGAUGGGAAUGGAGCCUGGUCCAAACAACCAUGGUAACUUUCAGGGUGAUCCAAACUUCAACAGAAUGUGGCAGCCAGAAUGGAGCAUGCCCCACCAACCCCCUCAUCCGCCUCCAGAGCAGCCAUGGAUUCCUCCAGCUCCAGGCCCAAUGGAUAUUGUUCCUCCAUCUGAAGACAGCAACAGUCAGGACAGUGGGGAAUUUGUCCCUGACAACAGGCAUAUAUUUAAUCAAAAUAAUCACAAUUUUGGGGGACCACCACCAGAUAACUUUGCAAUGGGCCCAGUGAACCAGUUUGACUAUCAGCAUGGGGCUUCUUUUGGUCCACCUCAAGGUGGGUUUCAUCCACCUUACUGGCAGCCCGGACCACCAGGUCCUCCAGGCCCUCCAGCACCUCCUGCGACACCUCAGAAUCGAAGGGAAAGGCCAGCUUUCAGAGAUCGUCAGCGUUCACCUAUUACAUUGCCUGUGAAACAGGAGCCGCCUCAAAUUGAUGCUGUUAAACGCCGGACUCUACCUGCUUGGAUUCGUGAGGGCCUAGAAAAGAUGGAACGAGAAAAGCAAAAGAAGCUAGAGAAAGAGAGGAUGGAGCAGCAGCGUUCUCAAUUGUCUAAGAAAGAAAAAAAGGAAAAUGUUCAACCAGGAGAAGAAGAUGGACCUCGGUUACCUCAGAAAAGUAAAUUUGAUAGUGAUGAUGAAGAGGAAGAUCUUGAUAAUGUAGAGGCUACAAGUAUUGGAAAAGUCAGUAGGAGUCCCUCUCCAGCUCCUCAAGAGGAGCAAAGUGAACCAGAAAUGACAGAGGAAGAAAAAGAGUAUCAGAUGAUGCUGCUGACAAAAAUGCUGCUGACAGAAAUUCUCCUAGAUGUCACAAAUGAAGAAAUUUAUUAUGUGGCUAAGGAUGUCCAUCGUAAAGCAAUAAAAGCUCCUGCAAAACAGCUGGCACAGUCCAGUGCAUUGGCUUCCCUUACUGGACUUGGUGGACUGGGUGGUUAUGGAUCAGGAGACAGUGACGAUGAGAGGAGUGACAGAGCCUCUGAGUCAUCCGAUACUGAUGAGGAGGAACUGCGAUACAGAAUCAGGCAAAAACAAGAAGCAUUUUGGAGAAAGGAGAGAGAACAGCAACUAUUGCUAGAGAAACAGCUGGAAGGACAAGUAAACUUACCUAUAAUAAUAUAUGCUGUACACUUGCCUGAGCUACAGGAUGUAUGCAUUUAUUCUUCAGAAGAAAAGCUUCAGAAUGAGAAAAUUGCUAAAGAGAUGAGUGAACUUGCCAGUAAAGAGCAAAACAGCAAUUCACCACCAGAGGAUCCAAAAGAAGUGGUGGUGGAGGAGGUGUUCAGUGAAAAGAAAAAAUCUCCAAAGGAAAUGACGCCAGAUAUUGAACCAAAAAAAGAGGUUAAAGAAAAAGAGAGAACAGGAAGGAGUAGGUCAAAAAGUACAAGUAGUGGUAGCUCAAGUGGCAACAGCAGAAGCAGCAGUAGCAGCAGUAGCAGCACAGCCUCUAGUUCAUCCUAUAGCAGUAGCUCUGGCAGCAGUCGCAGUUCUUCACAUUCUUCCUCCCCUAAAAGGAAAAAGAGACGUAGCCACAGCAGGUCACCUUCACAUAAGGUUAGGCGCAGCAGAAGCAGGAGCUAUUCUCAUAGGAACAGGAGAGAGAGGAGCAGGAGUAGGGGCAAGGUAAGAGAAAGGCGGAGAUCUAGUAGACACAGGAGUGUAGAUAGAGGGGAGAGGAGACGAAAUCGUAGUCCUUCCCAUGACCGAAACUGGGAGAGGCGUAGAAGUGAUAGUCACUCGAGGGAUAGACCUGCUAGCCAUUCCACACGCAGUGGGAGUCGAGAUAGACGUAAAAGUGAGGACCAGCGUAGAAGUGUAAGUGGAAACAGGCACAAACACAGUCAUGAUAGUAAAGUUCAGGAAAGGAAAAAGGAACGCAGCAAGAGCCUAGAAAAAGAUAAGAAAAAGAACAGAGAGAGGGAGAGAGACCAGGAGAAGCGCAAAGAGAAACAGAGAAAAGAAGAAAAAGACAGUAAAGCUGGUAAUCAUGAUGAGAGAUUAAAGAGGAAAAGAGAUAGUGAAAGAACUCUCUCUCGCAGUGAUUCAAUUUCAUCAAAAACAUUAAGGCAUGAUUCUAGGCAGGAAAGCAAGAGAAGUUCUACCAAAGAGAGCAAAAAGCAUUCAGGUUCGGAAUCUAGCACAAGAAGCAGUUCUGAGUCACCAGGCAGCAGCAAAGAAAAGAAGUCUAAGAAAUCAAAGCAUAGUCGGUCGCGAUCUGUGGAGAAAUCUCAAAGGUCUGGUAAGAAGGCAAGCCGCAAACACAAGUCUAAAUCACGAUCAAGAUCAAUGACUCCUCCUCGUCGUAAACGCUGAGGAAUGAUAUGGCACUAGUCAUACGAUUUAAAAAUUCCAUGAGUUUUUAACGGCUUGUCUCAUUAUAGAGGCUCAUUAUAGAGGCUACAAUUGUGGCUGUGUAGGUGAAAGCUGAACCCCCUUUUUUAAAAAAUUAAUAAUCUGUAAAUAGCUGUAUUUUUUUGAAACAGUGCUCGGAGUUAAGUACUUGCUAGGAUUUCUUUGUAUUUACAUUUUUUUUCAAAAUAGUAGUGCUUACUAAGACUAUAAAAUAUGCCAUUCUCUUUCAGCUGUAAUGUUCUUAAAAUUGCUAUUGAAUGUACUGUGAUGUCAAUAAAGUUCUUUAGUUCAUUUUUUGUUUAAAUUCUUGUAUUUUAAUUUAUUUUAAAUUACAGAAUUUUUUUUACAAGGCACUUUUGUAAAAUUCUGAACAGUUUGUUAGUUUUAGCUUUUCUCAGUGUUUUAAGUUACAUCCUUGGAUAAGUCAAGGUCAAUCCCUGAGUAUAGGAAUUGUUGAAAAUAACUGUAGGGUUUUGUUUUUGUUUUUUAAAAACACCUCUUGAAUUAUCCUACUGUAUGUAAGUAAAAUGUGGAUAAUUUUAUUGUACAACAUACCAAGACUAUCCAAGCACAAAUAACAAUGAAGUGCAAGUAAACAAACAUGUAUGAUGUGAGUUUGUAGCUUUGGAACUCUAUUCCUCAAUAUCCUACUUCUGUGUUCAAAAGCACACUCUAGAUAGAUGGUUCAUAUGGUUAGAGAAGCUAGAAUCUAUUUUGAAUUAAUUACUUUAUAACUUCUGCAUCAGAAAACAUUAAAUAACUUGGCGAUACAUAAGGUUAAUAAAAUAACUAGGUCUGGUCUUAUAACUUAUUACUAGAAUUAUGUUUGCACUUUAAAAAAUAAGCUUGCCCUUAAACUUUUUUUUGCAACAUACUAACCUGCCUAGAGAGAUGAUCUUUUGGCUGAUAGAACUGAACUCAUAAAAACAGGUAUUUGCAAACUGAUUAUUAUAACCUAUUCUUCCCAAAGAGCUGUCAACAAGCAUUGUGACUUCUUGUGAAUUUCAAAACAUCAAAUAAGCCAUUAUGAUGGAGGCCUCUUGGUAUUUGUUUUUAAAUAUAAUUGUGCUGACUAAAUUUACAAGUUUUUUUAAAAAGUUUGGCUAAAGAAUGCUAGCUAAGGUUACAGUCAUAUAUGCACUUGGGAGUAAGUCCUAUUACAUUCCAUGGGAUUUGCCUUCUAGGUAAACAUGCACAGAAAGAACUGCACAAAAGAAUUCUGUUGUCCAGAUCCCCCACCCCUUUACAUAAAUUCAAUCUAGUUUUAAAAGAGAAGAAAAGCCAGUUCUGAGGAAUAUAAACCUGACUAUUUGAAAAACUGUUGUUGUUUUUAAAGUAAGAAUCAUAGAAAUUGGCUUCAGAAAUUAAAACACAGUGGGGGCUAAGGUAUUUACAGCUUCUCCCAUUUGUUUUAACAUAAAAUACUGAGGAAUACAGCUUUCCAUGAUCUUCUGCAUUUGUUUUUUAAACCUAGACUUCUAUUAUCUGUUAAAUAAAUGAGACUGUGCAUGAAGCUUAUAUAUUCCA